CAUGUUGGGCAACUAGUUCUGAUGGUUCUUCAAACAUAAUAUCAAAAACUGGAUUUUCAGAUGCUUUAAGCUCAGUGGUCACUUCUUCAUCUGGUAGUUGCCCUGGUACCGAACUUCAAAUAAAUUGGACAGAUAUUACCAAAACAAGUGGUAACAUUGCAUAUACUAUAAGUAUUACCAAUGUGGGCCACAAUCAAUCAAAAAGUUUUACCCAUCAAUCAACAACAGACUACAAAUACUCAAUUACUUUUGAUAACCUGACACCAAGGACAGAAUAUACAAUUCAGAUAAAAUUGUUUCCAAAGUAUGUGAAGAAAAUUAGUCAAAUUUUUGGAAAAACAGCUGGUGUUUUGCCGAGUAUUAACUCUUCAAGAGCACAAAUGAUUGCCAAUAACACACAGUGUUUAAUAUCAUGGGUUAAAGGACCGGAAACUGGAAUAAUUGGUGCAAGUAUUGUCAUGGCAAGUAAUUUGCACAAGAGAGCACCGGGUGUGCCAGAUAUUGAAACAAACUCUUAUGCAGCACCUAAUGGGAAUAUAUCCCACCAAUUUCUAAUGAAACCCAAUCGUAAAUACAAUAUUACAGUUGCUACUAGGACUUGUUCUGAAGUGAGCAAGUUUAUUGUAGCAUCAGGAUACUGUAUAUCAGAAGUACAAGCUCCUGCCACAGUACCAACACCUACAAUAUUUGGGAAUUCUGCCACUUCUUUGUAUAUACAAGUAAACAGAGCAAAUGAAACCAAUGGACCAAUUAGUUGUUAUCUUGUCAUUGGUGGUAAAGAAGGAAGUACCAUUUAUAAAGAUUUCUACACAUGGUUGGACAUAGAAAACAUAACUAUGGGAUCUGACACUUCAGUAUAUUGUGCUGCAGUCUUACCAAGGUUUAUUGAAACAAGCAAAAAAGUUGCAUUAUCUUCUACUACAACAACACAAUGCAAACUGAAUACAUUAUAUGCUAUAAACUGCACCAACAAGUUAUUAACUAAUGGAGUCAAAUACAAAUUUCAGAUUGUCACCAUAACUUUAGCAGAUGGAGUUUACUUGACACAAACUAGUCAACCAAUUAUUACAACUCCUCAGCCUGAUAAAUCAAACACAAUUAUCAUAGCAAUUCUAGCUUCUGCUGCUGGCUGUUUAAUGACUGCUCUGGCUGCGUUUAUUUGCAUCAAACGAAGGAACCAGCAUUCUACACAUGAUAUCAAAACAACUGCUCAGUUUGUUAAAAAUGGUGAACCUUCACUGCAAGGACAUACAAAUUAUGAAGAAGUUGUAGAAGCAAAUACAUACUUGAAAGUUAAUCAGACAAACCAAUUGGACAGCUCUCCUUAUGCAAUACCAUAUGCAGAAAAUCAUUCAACCCAAAGUAAAACACAAAAUGUUCAGAUUAAACAAAAUAGAGGAACUUUGCAAAUGCAUGCCACAUGCUGCCGAGAGGAGUAUGUUAAUUUGGAAGUUGCUGGUAGUCCUGGAUUUGAUAUUCCAUUAGAAACCUUGGUGUCUAAAUACAAAAACAUGCUGGCGUCGAAUGAGGCAAAUUUAAAGAAGCAAUUUCGGGAACUGGCAACAGCAUCCACUAAAAUAAAACUUGGUAAAACAAAUGGAAAAAUUGCAGAAAAUAAAAAGAAGAAUAGAUGUAACAUUUUGCCUUAUGAUAACACCAGGGUUAAACUGAAACCCAUGAAAGAGAAAACUGAUUAUAUUAACGCAAGUUAUAUUGAUGGUUAUUCUCAGAGUUGUAAAUUCAUAGCAACACAAGGUCCGUUGGAUCGAACAGUUGAAGAUUUCUGGAGAAUGGUUUGGGAACAAGAAUGCCUGAUUAUAGUUAUGCUUACUAACACUGUAGAAUCUGGCAAAGAAAAGUGUGCAAAAUACUGGCCGGACCAUGGAAAACAUUCCACAUAUGGUGACUACCGUGUUGAAACUCUAUCGGAAAUUGAUUACGGCCCGUUCAUAUUAAGAGCAAUGAACAUUCAAGAAAAUAACAAUGAAUAUGAAAUGGUACUUAGAAAGUUACACCAUUUCCAAUAUACAGAAUGGCAAGAUGAAAAUGUCCCUUUAAUUGCGUCACCUUUAAUAGAAAUGAAAAUAAAAGUAAAUGCAGUUUGGUUGAAUCUUUCUAAAGGAAAACAAUUUCCUAUUAUAGUUCAUGGCAGUGCUGGAGCAGGUCGUACUGGUGUCUACAUCGGAUUUGAUAUUUUACUUGAUGAAAUGAAAUCAAAGAAUCAAGUUAAUGUUUUUAGGACUGUGUUCAACAUGAGAAAGCAAAGAUUGGAUAUGGUGCAGAACAUGAAACAGUAUAUGUUUCUGCAUAAGCUUCUAAGCCAUUAUUAUGAAGCUGAAAACACUGGGUUGGAAAAGAAACAGGGUAAAGAAGUUUUUAAAGAAAUUUAAUAAUUUUAUUUGUAAAAAGGAUUAUGUUGUCGUGUUUAAACGCAUUUUCUCUUGUUGUACAGUAUAUUUUGCUAUGAAGAAGUCAUCUUAUGUAAAUAAAUGAAAAUUGCAAUGUUUGA